AUGGGCAAGAAAUCUAAAUCACAGUCCAAAUCGGUCACCGAGGCCCCCGGCAACGGUGGCCUGCCCUUCCUGGGCAGCGCACCGCUGGACGCGGGCUUGUCUUCGCUGUUCGAAAAGAGUGCUGGACCGGUGAAAACCCCCACUGUCAAAUAUGUCGCGUUCAAGCCGAAGAAACAAGUGAAAGACACCGAGGAUGUCGCCGAAUCGGAGGAAGACGAGGCUGAGUCUGAGGACGAGGUGAUGGAGGAUGCCGGCGAGGAUUCUGCUGAAGGAAGCGAGUCCGAGGCUGAGGAAGAAAAGGCACCAGACACCCAAGGCCGCAAACGCAAGAGAGGAGGAGCAGAGGAUGACCUUGAGGCUUCAUAUAUGCGCCGCAUCGAGAAGGAAGAGCAGAGAGCCGAGGACAAGCGCAAUGCCGAACAGGCCAAGCGCCAGAAGCCUUCCGAGGAAGAUGCUGACAAGAGUGACGCAUCAGAGGCAGAGGCUGAGGAAGAUGCCGAGUCUGACCACAGCGACGAGGAGGAGGCUGGCGAGAAGGAGCCUGUCCCCGUGCACGAGAGUCUGUCUGGCAGCUCCAAGGCCAGUGAGGUUGAAAAGUCCAACCGCACAGUCUUCUUGGGCAACGUCUCUACCGAAGCCAUCAAGUCCAAGGCCGGCAAGAAGACUCUUCUCCGACACCUGGCAUCCUUCUGCUCCAGUCUGCCCGAAUCCUCCGGCCCGCACAAGGUCGAGUCGAUCCGGUUCCGCUCUGUGCCAUUCGCCAGCGGUGGUGGCAUUCCCAAGCGUGCCUCUUUUGCUCGCCGCGAGGUUCUGGACGACACCACCCACAGCACCAACGCUUAUGCCGUCUACACCACCAUCCAGGCUGCUCGCAAGGCCCCUGCUGCUUUGAAUGGAACUGUGGUUCUGGACCGUCAUCUGCGUGUCGACAGUAUUGCACACCCUGCCGAGAUUGACAAUAAGCGAUGCGUCUUCGUGGGCAACCUGGACUUUGUGGAUCAAGAAGUAGCCGGCGAGGAUGAGAAUGGCAAGAAAAAGAAGCCUCGCAAGCCCUCCGACAUUGAAGAGGGUCUGUGGCGGAUAUUCAACGCUCACACUGGUGACACCAAGGACAAAAAGGCCGUCAAGAAGAACGUCGAAUUUGUGCGUGUGAUUCGUGAUAGCAACACUCGCGUUGGCAAGGGCUUUGCCUACGUCCAAUUCUACGAGGGUACCUCUGUGGAACAGGCUCUUAUCCUCAAUGAGAAGAACUUCCCUCCUCUGCUGCCCCGUAAGAUUCGCGUGACCCGCGCCCGGAAGAUGAUGAAGAGGCGCGAUGACUCGGGCGGCAAAGGUCCUCGUGCUGGCGACCUGGCUCAGAAGACUCUUCAAGGUCGUGCAGGCAAGCUGCUUGGCCGUGCUGGUGCGUCCAAGUUGAAGAGUGCGGGCAAGGGUGGCAUUGCUGGUAACUCAUUUGUGUUUGAGGGCCACCGUGCCAGUGAGGGUGGCUCAUCGACUUUGAAGGUGAAGGUGAAGAGUCGUGGUGCCAAGGGCAAGCCCAAGAACCGCAGCAGCAAGCGUGCGGCUGCUUACCGGGCCGCUGGUGGCCAGAAGCCAUGA